UAAACUAUCUCAAGCCUUGUAUAGUGCGUAGGUCAUAUGAGCGUUGUUCGCAAUCUUGCGUGUAAAGAAUUUUCUUUCGCAUUUGUUUAAUUUGGAAGACGGUAAACUGUCUGAAACGAUGAGCUCAUCCGAGGAGGUAUCAUGGAUUUCCUGGUUCUGCGGUCUACGGGGCAACGAGUUCUACUGCGAGGUGGACGAAGAUUAUAUUCAGGACAAAUUCAACUUGACGGGAUUAAGUGAACAGGUACCUCACUAUAGGCAAGCCUUGGACAUGAUUCUUGAUUUAGAACCAGACGACGAACUGGACGACAACCCGAACCAGAGCGACUUGAUUGAGCAGGCGGCUGAAAUGCUCUACGGCCUUAUCCACGCACGGUACAUCCUCACCAACAGGGGCAUUGCCCUCAUGAUCGAGAAAUACCAGAACGGAGACUUCGGCUACUGCCCCCGCGUGUACUGCGAAAGUCAACAGAUGCUCCCUAUAGGUCUGUCAGAUGUUCCUGGAGAGGCAAUGGUGAAGUCAUACUGCCCCAAGUGCAUGGACGUAUACCUGCCCAAGUCGUCGCGGCACCAUCACACGGACGGAGCUUACUUUGGCACCGGCUUCCCCCACAUGCUGUUUAUGGUGCACCCCGAGUACAGGCCCAAGAGGCCCACCAGCCAGUUUGUGCCCAGGCUGUACGGUUUCAAGAUCCACCCCCUGGCCUACCAGUUGCAACAGCAGGUUGCCGCCAACUUCAAGGCCCCCAUACGGGGCCUCGGCAACUAUGGCAACGGCAAGCGCUAAGGGCAGGGGCUCAGCAGGAGCCUGCAUCUCUCGUCGGCAUCCCUGUCACGAGAUCCCCCUCACUGAAAUCUCUCUCCUCUUCUAACCCCUUUCCCUCCGUUUCACCUCUUUCCCCUGCCCUCCCCCUCUUUUUCCUCUCACGUCAUCCCGCCACCGAAUGUUUUCAUCAUUGUCAGUUGACACCGGUAUAACUCUGUGUCUUUCAAACUGUCAACCGUCAGGUUCUGUAAAAACCCCGUAAUGGCAACUCGAUUUGAGAACAUUCGGAUCGGCUCGGAGUCGGCCCGCUCUGCUGCACGGGCAUUCUUCGAGGAGUCCCUCAGUCAUUUACUAUUCUUACGGUGACUAGCUUAGCUUUCUAAAGGUGUCGAUGAGUUGAGCGUUUUUUGGUCCUGCCUGGGAACUUGGCUACUCCCGUUAAGGAGGAGGUCGUCGAAAUGAAUUUUGUGGCUCUGCAUUAUAAUUUCAAUCCAUUUCCCGUUUUUUUCCCUUGGCAGUUCGAGGUUCCACCACAUCUUCAUCUUGCUUCUGUCAGUUUUGUUUUUCUGUUCAUCUGAGUGUCUUACUGGUACUUGUGCUUUCGUCGGUGCAAUGACCCUGGUGUUUGAAGUUGUGUGGUUCUUGAUAUUUGCAUAUGAUGCGCUAAUAAAGCUAGUUGUUGGAAUUUC